AUCUUAGGUGUCUCUCCGUUUGUACGCAUCAUAAAUCUGUGUCUAGUCUGGACAUCUUUCCCACGCUGUAGACCCUUAUUGCUGCCUGACGUUUAGCAGCUGCAACCUACAAUUUCAGUUGCCAGGAGCGACUCAGCCUGUUGACAACGUUGUCCGGUUUUCGCCGUGCGGAAGAGCAACCUCUUCGCCUAUCCCCAGUUGCGCUGUUAUUGCUUUUGGUUGGAUGGCGUUUCCCCUGUGCCCCUCUUUUUCGUAGAUGCUCUAACUGUGUGUGUGAGAGUCCGUCUGUGUCCCUUUUGCUUGUAUUGCUCACCAGCCGAACGGACGGGUUGGCUGAUCGCGCAUGCGCAGACUGUGAGCAGAUACUAGUGAGCAAUCCAGCCAGGCAUCAGCAACAACAGAAUAGCGCCGAACAAGGAGAAGGAUGAGGAGAAGGGAAUAGUUUGUGCUGCUACCGUUGGCGAUGUUGGAUGAGGCGGCCGGUGGAGGCAGCAGCAGCAGCAGCAGCAGCGCCACCACUCCAAUGAGCAGCAGCUGGGAAACAACACAAGUGAGCGCCAGCAAACGGCCACAGCUAAUAACGCAUAUAGCAGGCCGCCGUCGCCACCGUCAAUCAGUGCGAACAGAGCACGAGAACACCCAGACGAACACUGGAACACCCGUUCAGAGGGAGAACGCGAAAAAAGGAAACAGAGGAUAACGACGACGAUUGCUCGACGGACCGUGGCUGGACGAGACGGAUUAAAAUCUAAGCUGUUAUGUGCGGACAUCGGUGCAAGUUCUGUUAAACGCCCGAUCAGGCGACGGCCGCUACCGUAGGUUCUCCGUCUUGUUUCUUGUUGACUCAUUACUGAACUGACCGUAAACCAGCAAAAGGUUUCCAUUUCUACCCCGCUGUAACGUAGUCGUCAGAGGUUAAGACAGAUGUCUUAACAAACACGUGGGCACGAACAGGGUACAACCCAUAUAAUAACAUCCAACUUGGAACAAGGCACAAAUACACAUAGCCACAAAGAAAGCCUAUAAAAUACAGAAAAGUCCGGACGGUUGGAAAAAGAAAUACGAAAACAAUGAUGACGUGCAUCGCUGACAGCGGCUUCUUAGGACUGAGCAACUGACUGUCGACGCAUCGAUAGCUAAUAGCAUAAGCUACAAUAGAAUACGCUCAUCAGAGCCGUCCGUCAAAUUGCUGUGGCUAUAUUGGUCCCUCUAUCAGCGACGAUUUCAACAGAUCUUCCGUCGCCGAUUUCCGAUAGACGUCAAACAGUGAAGUUCAUCGAAGUAAAACUCUUACAGUGUAGUGCCUUCGUGUGUAUAUUUGUUUGCGGCUGGAAGCACCCGGCUGUUUCUGCAUCCCUGCUAUGUUCCUGUAGUCCACCGGCGUUUUGAGGUUUGCCAGGAGCCUUUCACCGAAUCUUCGUCAGUCGACGUAUUGUUUUCGGAAAUAUACUAUAGAAAACGACUGUUUUGUUGAGAGUGACACAUUCAUUCUGUGCUCCUUCUCGAUGGUUAUAUAUUCCACUUCACAAAUAGUCAUAGUCGUCAACCAGCUUCGACGCAUUGCUAGCGGCCGAGGCUGCGAAAGAACUGGACGCCGUUAAAUACACCAGUGAAUUACCUACCCACAUACAAAUAAGGUAAUCAUUAGCUAUAAGACUCGUUCACAGAAACGGGGGAGCAUUUGUAUGCUUCUCACUGGCUCGUGUUAGUGAUCGCAGGAAAAAAGCAAGAGCCGAAGGGACUUAGCAACAUGUGCAUCAAUUAAUCGACGAUAUUUAAGGGAAAGAUACUGUGCUAUACUGCCGUGCGAGCACGAGCCAAGUUAUAUGCCCUUAGCAGCUGGAAAAGGUGUUACUCAGUCGUAAGAUAUAAGUCGCAAAAAAUAAGGAUUAUCGUGUAACAGAGAAGCUACAAUUUUGAGCGGCUUAACACCGUUUUCUAGUUUCAUCAACCUAAACGUGCUUGAAUUUACUUUGUCGAGGAGAAUCUGUAUUGGACGUACCGUUCGCCUGUCAACUAUAGUGCUGCUCAAAUAUAGCUCCGUGUGGGUGACGACUGUGUUGGGAGCGUGUUCACGAGGAAGAUCUCCCCAGAACCUCCAGGGAGCAGCAGCGACGAGAUGGCAGCAAUGCAGUCUCUUGGGGGUCUUGGCUCCCUUGGCGGAGAUCUCCUCAACCAGAAUAACCAGAGUGAAGCCGGACCAGAGGUGGCUCUCUUCAACAAUGGCCAGCACGCAAAUGACGCUCUGAAUUUUAAUGAUGCUACAACAGAAACAACAACGUCAACAACAACGAUAGCACACCACCGCCAUUCAAGCUCUACGGCAAACAUCAUGCAGGAGAACGUGACGUCUAUGGAUAGUAGAGGUGGUUAUGAUUCAAGGACCAUCACCAAGCAAACCCUGUCGAAGCUCCAGAUCAAUUCCAAGUUUGGAACGUUCACGCGCAGGACAUGCGAAUCAAUCGAGAAGUUUAAUUUCAACCCGGAAGACGACGAUGACAACUCUUCCAGGCAGAACGGGAUGGAUAUUGACUGCGACGGUGAGCAGACCAUAGUUCCCGGCGGUCGUCAGAGGACAGGCAGAUUUUCUAACGGUUUCAACAAUGAAACCACUCAGAACAACGACCUCCACCAACGCCAUUUGAAUGGAGAAUCUCCAGUGUCUGCUGGACUCUCUAACGCUCAGGGCGUACACCUGUCAGAUAGUGACCUUUCACUUAGACAGUUGAACGGCGGCGCUAUGCUACACGACGUCAAGGCCCCGCGUAACGGUUCUCCAAAUGCCAAUCGAAAACUUCAAAGUAGUCCGCAACAGCCCAGGCGCGGUUCUCCAUCCCGACAGCCAACGAAACAGGUUGAAGCAGCCGUUCGAGGUAUUGGUCAAAUAAAACCAUCAGCCUUUGUAUCGCCUUUAAUGAUGACCGGCCGUUCUCACGGUUCGCUCGACGCCUCCGAGCUUCCUUCAGCCGGAAUAUGUAGUGAGAAUAGUACGGGUGGGGGGAAUUACAGCCAAAGUGAAAGUUCGUGCGGCAAUCUGGACGCCGAUUCACAAACUGAGAGCGCAUUAUUGGUCGAUGCCCGCCUCCUUGACGAUCAAGUGGUUGAAUUGGAAAAGGAAGUUGAUUCACUUAAGAUUUAUUUGAAUGAUGCACUCGCAGAACGUGAUCAAGCAGUGGCCGCCCUCAGAGCUUAUGAAGAAUUACUCAAGCGCAUUAAUGAGGCAAACGCAAAACAAAAAAGAUCAUCAACGUCUUCCUUGGGUAGUGGGAGUUCUUCACAGAAGGAUGCUGCCGCAAGUAAUUCCACAGCCGCCGAUUCAGAGCGUCUGAAAAAGAAAAACGCCAUGCUAGAGAAGACGGUAGACAAUCUCGAACAAACUGUGCAGGACACCAUGGCAAGGAUGAAUGAUGUGAAGGACGUUAACCAAGAACUCAAAACGGUUCUAACGGACCAGCAGGACAUGCUGGCUCAGUACAAGAGCACGAUUGAGCAGAAGACGUUUGAGUACAAGGACCUCCUUGCCAAGCACGAGGCUCACAUCGACGCUCUGGUUACCGAGCAUAAGCGAGAUCGUGCACUACUGGAGAAACAAAUCACUUUACUGCGUGCAGAGGCGCAUAUGAAAAGCCUUGAUAAUGAGCGGCUCGCUUCAGAGUGCCGAAUUAAGGGUGAACAACUGGCUCGCAUGACAGAGAUGCUCAACGAACUACGCCAGGCGUACUAAAUGGGAACAGACAGCGACUUAUAUAGGGGCGGUAUAGGGAAAGCCUUAUAUCGUGAUUUUGUGUGGGGGUGAUUGCAUUAAUUAUGCCCACCGGGAACGGGUAGAUUAUAGGAUAGGAAUUGAAGCAUAUUGCCCCUAGCAGGGAAAACACCUGAUUUUAGUUGGGCUAAAUGGGUCUCAACGGAAUGUGCCACGUCACUUUUUUCUGCGCUCUCUGUAUUUUGGUGUCCUCUUUGUUUUCCCGAUUUGGGAAAGCUCUACGAGUCAUGGAUCAACAGAAGCCAAGCAGUAGCAUAUCGGUUGACUAAUUACAAACCAAACACAAGCAGGCUAAGAUUCAGAAUAUGAAUAUUUUUUAGAACGGUUGCGGCUCAGCUGUUGUUGGAUAAACAUCAUCAUAAUAGAAAGUUGUCUCCUAUCUCUUACAACUAGAAUAAAGUUGAAAAAAAACAAACGGUUGUUAUAUGCGUAUUAACGCAGAAUUGACUCUAUUGCAUAUAAUUGCAACGUACCGACUCAUCUACACCAUCAGAGAGAAACCAGCGAUGGAUGGUAUUGUUCGUCACGAUGAAAAGAAAACAAUCUGAUGAAAGUGUCUGUAAAGUUCAGUAUAAAUACGAACACUUUGAAAUAAUGAUAAAUAAAUAGUGAAUACGUAUAUCGCUAAGUAACAAUGUUACGAAUAAGAAGUUGCAAGCGCGCAGCAAUAUAUGAUUUUCUGCAAAGCUAGCCCCAUAUUAUUACUAAUAAAAAUAAUAAAUCAGUAGGCUACAAUAUACGGAUGCAUACAAACGUAUUCAGGGUAAAUCUGGAGGAAUCGAGAGAUUGAUUUUGGUGGACCAAUACGUGUACGAUCAUUUGGCUUCAAUUUAUCCAUUUACCUUUUUUAGUUUAUUAGGUACGAAAUCCCGAUCAAUCUCUAUACUAGGUUAGACAAGUAUGCUCAAUAGAUUAACGCUCGAUUCAAUGUAAAGUAGUGUUAGAAAAGCAAAUUUAUUCGUGGAUUUUAAUUGGUUUUGUCCACUACAGAUAUUUAAACCGACAGAAAUACUUUUAUAUGCAAAUCACUAUACAAGUUGUGAUUCUGUUCUUUUACAGUCAUAAAAAAAAUGACUCACGCCGUUCUUUAGCUCAUAUCGCAUACAUUGGAUACCUCAAGGGCCAGAUCAUAUUUUAUGACCGAUAUUAGGUGUUUACCUGUCUGAAUCAGACCAAGCAGGUGAACGAGUGUAGCCCAGUGCAAUUAACCGUGAUUUUAUUUUACAUGUUAGGUAAUGCUUCUUCUUAUCAAGUGAUGCCGGUUGUAUUUUGAGUGUUAGUUCCAAUUCUAGACAUUAGCAAACUUGUUUUUUAUUUUUGCCAGUUUAGCUUCGUUUUCACGGCUGAGGCAAGAACGUUGAUGAACUCCAUCGACGACAAAAACGAAUCCGAAAUUCCAUAAUUAUACCUAGAGACCUAGAACUAAAUUAAAUGAUGCCCUUGAAGAGAUCGACCUCGGAUAUGUUACUGUGAACCAGUAACGUUUUAAAAAAUUGUCGUUAAUGGUUAGUUGAUAGGAGUUACUCUUCAUUUUUUUUUAGUUAAGCUUGAGUGGUUUAAAGCUAUGUUGGAACUUCUACUAAACCUAACAUCUUGUUUUAUAUAAUCAAUUAGGCAUAUCAUGCUGCCAGAAGGACGUAGUUUAUAUUUUGUUCGCUAAUGAUCGAUGUCUUUUAUUGAUGGGGGCUCACCUAAAGUGAUACUAUAUUAAAAAGCUCUUUCUUUGGAAACUAUCGUGUUAGAUUAGCUAGCUUUAAUAGGCUUCAUGGGCGGAUCCCAGCUGUUUCAAAUAGUACUCUCUGGAUUGUUAAUAUAUGAAAACUAAUAUAAAGAAACAUCAAUAGGUGCAGUCGCCUAUAGUUAAUGCUGCUAUAGUCCAUCGUAAUCACAAUGUAGAAAAAAAACGAGCAAGCUCGGUAUUACGGGAAAUAACUUGCUUGCUUGCACUGUAGCUUUACCAGAAGGUUGUUAGACUAGCUUAGCAUAAAAUUGUGAGCAACGAAAAUCGCAUAACGUACAUGCAAAUAUAAAUGUAUGUCUAUCAAAGAUAUUUGUCUAAAAUUGCUAGACUAUAAUUAGUAAUGUGCGGUGGUGACAACUCUGACCUCAUAAACUCUCACAGAUGGUGGUCAGAGAUAGCUGUUGAUGGUAUGUCCAUUCAUGUUUAUGGCUCAGGCUCAUAAUCCGGGACCUCGUUUAUCAAUUAUUCUUUUCUCCAGCUUCUUCUAAACUUCUAGCUUCUACGCAGACAGUGGAGAAUCUAUAUAUCCAUUUUUCUAAAUAUGGCCUCGUUAUUAACUAGCUGUUCUACUCGAUUCAUUUCAAUUUUUCACAUCGCCCCCAGAAAUCUCGACUGAUGAUGUAGGCGCGGUAAACAAAUGUAACGAUGCGAGGUGAUUGAAAGUUGAAAUACCAACAAAUUGAUGACAAAAUAAGAUCAAAUCUUGAGAAAAAAAUGAACAUAAAAAAAGACAUGGUUAAGAGCGUCACUGUUAGGUUGGGGUUAAAUUUAGCUUCGCUUAUCGAUCCUUGUUAAAUGCUUGUCAUUUUACCUAUUAAAACAAUGAUGCCGAUACUAAUUCAAAUAGCUAUGAGCACGGGUACGUAACAAGCCACCGCAGGACCGGUUAUGCACAACACCUAGGAGAUGGACCUCAAGUCGACGAAGUACCGUAUAAUCUGGCAUACUUAGUAAUACGUGAAGUGCCGAAGUUAUUUUAUCUCCCUUCAAGACCAACCUCCAACAAAGCCAGAUUGUCAAAAAAGUCAUAAUGAUGUAAUGAUAACAUGAAAUAGUAUAUAUCAUAAAAUACGGUACCACAAAGAUGAUGCUAUUAUAAUAAUACCUAUCAUGGAAAUUAGGUGGCACUUAUGGCUCGAUGCGAGUGCAAGCGAGAAGCAUCAAUGCCACGAUAAUACCUUACGACGGUUACAUUACGAAUGCAAUAUAGAUUAAUUAUAGAAAAAUAGUAAAUAUAAUAAAAAUAUACAUAAAAAGAAAGAAAAAGAUAAGAGAAUAUCGAUAGAUCAGAACGUCAUACAUAGUCUAUGAUGGACGAGAUCAAACGCAUAAACUACUAUACACUAACUGCAUACACUGGAAGAGAGGAGAAAGAAAGAAUAUAAAUACAUACGCAAAAAACGCUCGAUAUAUAUGUAUAGACGGCAGACGAAAGUUGGAGAGGUAUUUUUAUAAUUUUAAGUUUCAUAGUAAA